AUGCUCCGAAAUCUCAUCCGUACAACACAAACAACAACCCUCCGACCCCGCGUCUACAUCUACACACCCAUACUCACCCGCUCAAUCCAAACCCAUCCCCAACCCAGCCCGGACGAACUCGACCGCCAAACCCUCCACCCAGAACGAGCCGAAAACACGCAGUCCGGCACUGACGACGAGGUCGCACGGCACACCUCCUCCUACGACCCCUCGACCACAACCCCAGAGAUUGAGUCACAGGCUCUCGAGGACGAAUGCAAGCUCCUCGGCGAGGUGGAUCCCUUGUUCUUCAGCCCUGCGCACCGCGAGGUGAGCGCGCUGCUGGAUCCGAAGCUUGAGGUUGCGGUGCAUACGAUUGAGCAUUUGAGUCCGAGUGCGAAGGGGUGGACGAGGAAGCAUAAGGAGGUGAUCAUCAGGAAGGUUCCUGGGGCGGGGAGUUUCGAUCAGUUUGAGAGAUUGUUGAAGGGGUUGAGGGAUAUUCAGAAGAGAGGGGGGAGUGGGGGGUCGGGGUCGGCUGUUACCACUUGA